AUGAAUAUGACUCAAGUCCGGGCUCUGGUGGCUGCAGUGGUGGGCGUGGUGGUCGCCGUGCUCUAUGCCUCCAUCCACAAGAUCGAGGAAGGACACCUGGCGGUGUACUACAGGGGAGGAGCUUUACUAACUACCCCCAGUGGACCGGGCUACCACAUUAUGUUGCCUUUCAUUACUACGUUCAGAUCUGUACAGACAACACUGCAAACUGAUGAAGUUAAAAAUGUGCCUUGUGGAACAAGUGGUGGGGUCAUGAUCUAUAUUGAUCGGAUAGAAGUGGUUAAUAUGUUGGCCCCUUAUGCAGUGUUUGAUAUUGUGAGGAACUACACUGCAGACUAUGACAAGACCUUAAUCUUCAAUAAAAUCCACCACGAACUGAACCAGUUUUGUAGUGCCCACACACUUCAAGAAGUUUACAUUGAAUUGUUUGAUCAAAUAGAUGAAAACCUGAAGCAAGCUUUGCAGGAAGAUUUAAACGUCAUGGCACCAGGACUCACCAUACAGGCUGUGCGUGUUACAAAACCCAAAAUCCCAGAAGCCAUAAGAAGAAAUUUUGAGUUAAUGGAGGCUGAGAAGACAAAACUUCUUAUAGCUACCCAGAAACAAAAGGUGGUGGAGAAAGAAGCUGAGACAGAGCGGAAAAAGGCUAUUAUAGAAGCAGAGAAGGUUGCACAAGUGGCAAAAAUUUGGUUUCAGCAGAAGGUGAUGGAGAAAGAAACUGAGAAACGCAUUUCUGAAAUUGAAGAUGCCGCUUUCCUGGCCCGAGAAAAGGCAAAAGCAGAUGCUGAAUAUUAUGCUGCACAUAAAUAUGCCACAUCAAACAAGCACAAAUUGACCCCGGAGUAUCUGGAGCUCAGAAGGUACCAAGCCAUUGCUUCUAACAGUAAGAUCUACUUUGGCAGCAACAUUCCGAGCAUGUUCGUGGACGCCUCUUGUGCUGUGAAAUAUUCAGAUGUUAGGACUGGAAGGAAAAGCUCUCCUCUCCUCUCUAAGGAUGCUGCUGAACCCUCUGGAGAGAGCCCUGUCCAAAAGAAGGAGAGCAUAGGUUGA